AAUCCCCCUCAUCCGCCACCACGUUCAGUCACUCCGUCAAUAUAAAACAGCCCCGACCUUUCAAUUCUCACCCAAAACGUUCCAAUUUCAACUUUCUCAGAUUUCCAACUUCCUCUCUCUCCCAAAUCUCAAGAGUCCAAGAAACCAGAAAAAGAUGGCCCGUACCAAGCAGACUGCUCGUAAGUCCACCGGAGGCAAGGCUCCAAGGAAGCAAUUGGCUACCAAGGCUGCUCGAAAGUCGGCUCCGACCACCGGAGGUGUGAAGAAGCCCCACAGAUACCGCCCCGGAACUGUCGCUCUUCGUGAAAUCCGUAAGUACCAGAAGAGCACAGAGCUGCUGAUCAGGAAGCUCCCAUUCCAGAGGCUGGUUCGUGAGAUUGCGCAGGACUUCAAGACCGACCUGCGUUUCCAGAGCCAUGCGGUGUUGGCACUGCAGGAGGCAGCUGAGGCAUACCUUGUUGGGUUGUUUGAGGACACCAAUCUCUGUGCCAUUCAUGCCAAGCGUGUCACUAUUAUGCCCAAGGAUAUCCAGCUCGCCAGGAGGAUCAGGGGCGAGAGGGCUUAAGCAGAGGAUUAGAAGUUGCUCUGUGUAAAAGGGGGGGGGGAUGCUUGGUGGGAUUUCUUGAUUAAUCAAUCAUGAAUUCAUGAUUUAGGGGAAUGUUGUUUUUAGGGUUUUAUUCUUGUCUGGUUAGUAUGUAUGUAAUCGUAACAACUCUUUAAGACUUGGUUGCUGUGGUUGCAAUUAUAAUUGUGUUGAACCUCUA